AUCUUCUCAUUCAUUAUUUCUUCUUUUUCUUCCUAUUAUUUUCUCUUUCUUUACUUUAAUUUCACUCUUUUGCUCGGAUGGCUUCUAACCACGGUUCUAGCCGCGGCGCGUUACCCACCGGCUCUGGCUUGAUCGUCAGUUUCGGCGAGAUGCUGAUCGAUUUUGUUCCGACUGUUUCCGGCGUGUCUUUGGCAGAGGCGCCUGGAUUUCUCAAAGCUCCCGGCGGCGCUCCGGCAAACGUUGCGAUCGCUGUUAGCCGACUCGGCGGACGCGCUGCUUUCGUUGGUAAGCUUGGCGAAGAUGAGUUUGGACGUAUGUUGGAAGGAAUCGUUAAGGAAAACGGCGUUUCCGCCGCCGGGAUCCGAUUCGAUCAAGGCGCAAGAACUGCUUUGGCUUUUGUGACUCUACGCGCCGACGGUGAACGUGAGUUUAUGUUCUACCGGAACCCUAGUGCCGAUAUGCUUCUCAAGCCGGAGGAGUUGGAUCUCGAUCUCAUCAGAUCCGCGAAGAUCUUUCACUAUGGAUCGAUAAGCUUGAUCGUGGAGCCGUGCAGAUCGGCCCAUAUGAAGGCGAUGGAGGAAGCGAAGAAAGCAGGUGUUCUGCUUUCAUACGAUCCAAAUCUGAGGCUGCCACUGUGGCCGUCAGCAAAUGAGGCCCGUGAACAGAUCAAGAGCAUUUGGAACAAGGCCGACAUCAUCAAGGUGAGCGAUGAUGAGCUGAAAUUCCUGACGCAAAGCGAGAAGGUGGAUGAUGAAACCGCCAUGUCUCUGUGGCACGAUGGGUUGAAGCUCCUCCUGGUCACUCUUGGCGAGAAUGGGUGCAGAUACUACACCAAGAACUUCCGGGGGUCUGUGGAUCCAUUCAAGGUUAAGGCAGUGGACACUACUGGUGCUGGUGACUCAUUUGUGGGUGCUCUUCUUUGCAAGAUUGUGGACGACCAAUCUGUGCUCCAGGACGAGAAGAAAUUGAGGGAGAUACUAACGUUUGCGAAUGCUUGUGGAGCCAUUACAACAACCAAGAAGGGAGCAAUCCCAGCUCUUCCAUCGGAGGCAGACGUUGCAGCUUUGAUCAAGGCUUCUCCGUAGAAAUCCUUUAUCCUUUUUCGUUUUGGUUCGGUUCAGUUUAGUUUCUAAUUUGCCUUUUACAAAUGAAUUUAAAAUUCAUUUUUUUUUU